AUGCCGCCUAAAAAAGGGCCGAAGUUACACGAACUCGCAGCCGAAGUCAAAAUUGGCUAUAAAAUAGUGGACUCGAAAAAGAAGACGUAUAUUGUUGGAAAACAGUUUGCCACCGGUGGAUUUGGUAGAAUUCACACGUGUCACGAGGAAAAUACACCCAAAACGGAAUUGGUGAUGAAAAUUGAGCCGGCUGAUAAUGGACCACUUUUUAGUGAGGUUAUUGUGUUUCAGAAGAUUUUGAAAUUGGAACAGAUUGAGGCGUAUAAGAAGAGGAUGAGUGAGUUUUUGAGGGUUUUGAGAAAAUUUGGGUUGAAAAUUGUGUAUUUUUGAGCCAAAAUUUGAGAAAAUCUGAUAACUUUGAGCUAAUUUUCAAGUAAAGUUGAUAAUCAAUCAUUUCCGACCAAAUUAUUCCCUAAAAAUGAUUUUUUUGAAACAGUGGAUUUUUUCCCGAAAAAAUUAAAAAUUGUUUAUAUUUUUUUUGAAGUUUCUAAUUCUAUGAAACUAUCUUCAAAAAUGAGCUAAAAUUUGCCACGUGGCUCGAAAUUGCACAAAAUCCACGUUUUCCAUUGAAUUGUACAGCAAAAUCUAAUUUUAAACCAGCUAUCUGGAAAAAAUCAUUUUUGUCCAAAUUAUUCCCUAAACAAUUUUUUUUGAAACAGUGGAAUUUUUUUUCCCCGAAAAAAAUUACGUUUCAAAAAUGUUGUAUAAUUUUUUUGCAGUCUUGAGUUUUAUUAUCAACAAAAAAUGAGCUGAAAUUUGCCAUGUGGCUUGAAAUUGCUCAAAAUCCACUUUUUUCAGUGAAUUUUACAACAAAAUCUAAUUUUAGAACACCCAUCAUCAAAAAAAUCAUUUUCGACCAAAUUAUUCCCUAAACAAUUUUUUUCGAAACAGUGGAAUUUUUUCCUGAAAAAUUACGUUUUAAAAAUGUUGUAUAAUUUUUUUGAAGUCUUGAAUUUUAUUAUCAACAGGGAUAACAGCAUCUUCGAAAAAUGAGCUGAAAUUUGCCACGUGGCUCAAAAUUUCUCACAAUGCAUGGAUUCUAGUGAAUUUCACAGCAAGUUCUAAUUUUAGAACACCUAUCUGGAAAAAAUCAUUUUAGACCAAAUUAUUCCAUAAACAAUUUUUUUGAAACAGUGUUUUUUCCCAGAAAAAAUACGUUUCAAAAAUAUUUUAGAAUUUUUUGAAGACUUGAAUUUCAAUAUUACAUAAAAAUAUUAUGAAAUAUUAAAAAAAAAUAAGCUGAAAUUUUUGCCACGUGGCUCGAAAUUGCUCAAAAUCCAUGUUUUUCAGUGAAUUUCACACAAAAAUUUAAUUUUAGAGCUUGUAUCUAAAUUAUCAUUUUCGACCAAAUUAUUCCUUAAACAAUUUUUUUUUUUGAAACAGUGGAAUUUUUUUCCUGAAAAAAAUACGUUUCAAAAAUUUUUUUAAUAAUUUUUUUGAAGUCUUGAAUUUUAUUAUCAACAGAGAUAACACCAUCUUCGAAAAAUGAGCUGAAAUUUUUGCCAAGUGGCUCAAAAUUGCUCAAAAUCCAUGUUUUCCAUUGAAUUGUACACCCACUUCUAAUUUUUUGAACACCUAUAUGAAAAAAAUCAUUUUCGACCAAAUUAUUCCAUAAACAAUUUUUUUGAAACAGUGUUUUUUCCCAGAAAAAAUACGUUUCAAAAAUAUUUUAUAAUUUUUUGAAGACUUGAAUUUUAUUAACGAAAUUUACACACGAAAAAAAAUGCAAUUUCCGAAUCCAAAAUCAUCUUUCAGAACUCCAAUGGCUCGGCUUACCUUACAUCAUCUCAGCCGGCAUUUUCACCUACACAAAUCAGCAAAAAAUGCGUUUCAUGAUCUUGCCCAAAUAUGCCACGUCACUCGAAAAUAUCCGAGAGAAGCAGAAAACUCUGGCACUCCGAAAUGUGCUCGAAAUUGCGCGAUCAAUGUUGAACUCACUUGAAUAUGUGCAGGAGAUGGAUUACACACAUGCCGAUCUGAAAGCCGCCAAUAUUUUGCUGGAAAAAUUGGGAGAUUUCCAGAAGACUGUGUUGGUUGAUUUUGGAUUGGCGCGAUUUUCGGGAAAAAUUGAGGAUAAACCCGAAAAGAAGCGAGCACACAAUGGAACGUGUUUGUUCACCUCUUGUGACGCGCAUCGUGGCUGUAAUCCGAGUUUCAGAGCUGAUGUUGAGAUUUUGGCGUGGAAUUUGGUGUAUUGGUUGACGGGCACGUUGCCAUGGCUGGUGAGGAUUUUGGGAAUUUUUGGGUUCAAAAUUGGAAAAAAAAACAUUUGGAAAUACUAAUUUUCGUCAAAAUCAAGGUGAAAAAUACAUUUUUGCCCCCGAAAAUUGAAACAGUGAAAAUUUCACUGUUUCAAAAUUGUUAUAAUUCUCGAGAUGACUGGCUGAUGUAAAACUUUUUUUCGGCUUAAAAUCCAUCCAGAUUUUUUACUAGAAAAUGUUCAAUGCCACGUGGCACUAUUUGGCUUAAAUUUAAAAAUGAAGAUUGAAGAUUGAUCAACGAGAUUCUUGUUAAAAAUAUUGUAUAUAAUUUAUGAAACGUAUAUUUUUCUGGUGAAAAUUUUACUGUUUCAAUGUUUUUUUUGGAGAAUUAUGGUCGAAAACUAUCAAUCUUAACAAAUUUCAAUAAAAAACCACCUACUAUCGGUGCGAAAAAAUAAGACAGUUGCGUUUGAAUUCCCGCCACACAGCUGUGUGUGUUGUGCGACCGUACCCUUCUUCGCCGCAAGACUCUGCUCGUCUAACUUUGUCUGGCAAUUAGCCAACUUAUUUUUAUUUUUCAAAUUUGUUUUUUUUUCUGUUUUGUUUUUCUUGAAAACGGCAUUUAUAGAGGUUUUUUGUUUGUUUAAAAUAGAUAAUCAAAUGAGAAACGAAGUAUAGCAUACUUCAAGACUGAAUUUUGAUUAAAAAUAAGUAUAUUUUUGAAAGAAAAGCUCAAUAAUAAUGAAUUUUCUCAUUUUUUCGCAUUUUCUCUUUUUAUUUUGUGGAUUUUUCCGAACAACAUCUUAAAACUAUCAUUUUUCAGAGUUUUCCAAAUGGUUUUCAUCAAGCGGCGCCGAAGAACGAGACAAAAAAUGAUGACAAAUCGCGAAUCGCCGUUGUUCAACGAGAUUAUCGAAUAAAAGUGAGAUUUUUUCGAAAAAACUUAGUGUUUAAUGAAAAAUCAGAAAUUACGCAUGCCACUCUUGAAAUUUAUCAACCAAAUGUUAAUGAGAUGGCGAUAAAAACGGAAAUCUGAGAAAAUUUCGACUUUUUUCAAUUUGAAGAAUUUUCUCCAGAAAUUUAUAAUUUUUGAUAUUAUUCAAACAAUCUUAAUGUUUUGGCGCUGCAAUUUGUCGAUGAAAUCUGAAAACUGGAUAAAAUUAACAAAAUAUUUCGCUAAAAUCAAUUAAUUUUCAGCUCUAGACUUCAUCAUCAAACAAAAUUUGGAGAAACGACAACAAGAGAUUUGUCCGGAGGAUUUUCAAAUUUUGUAUUUCUUGUAUGUAUAAUAUUAAUAAAUUAUCAGACGCAGCCUUGAGGACUGCGUCUAUUUGGACUUGUGUUUGGUUUUUUCAUUUCAGAAAUUUGCCUAAGGUUUCGCUAAAUUUGCAAAUUUCCCACUUUUGAUCCCAUGAAUCACAUGGAAUGUUCAUAAUUCAAGCAGAAACUGUUUUUGACCGUGUUUUUCAAACGUAAUUCAAUGUUCUCUCUUCUAAAAAUUAAAAACAAUUUUCGAAAACAAAAAAUAAAACGAUUGGGUCUCCAAAAAAAUAUUUUUGAUCUCAAAGUUUGCGGCGGAGUAUACGGUCAAAUUGGCGUCCUAGGCCAUAGAGGUUUCUCUUCCAACUGUCUUAUUUUUUCGCACCGAUAGUAGAAGACCUCCAAAACAUUUUUUGGCCUGGAAAAUUUCACUGUUUCAAAAUUUUCAUAAUUUUUGAAAAUUUUUGAGAUGGCUGCUUACAAUGCUUUUUUUUUAGAAAUUGAGCCAAAAUUUGAAUAGAAAUUUUUGCUGAAAAUCCAGAUUUUUCACUGGAAAAUUUUCAGAUUUAGAAUUUCAAAGUGAAAGUAAUCAACGAAAUUCUUCUAAAAAAUCUUGUACAUAAUUUUUGAAACGUAUUUUUUUUUUGGAAAAAUUGUACUGUUUCAAUAUUAUUUUUUGGUGAAUAAUGGUCGAAAAUUAUCAAUUAUACGUUACUUUUUAGCAAAAUUCAAAAAAAUCACCUAAAAGACCUCCAAAAAAUUAUUUGGCCCGCGAAAAUUUUCUGGAAAUUUUCACUGUUUCAAAAUUUUUAUAAUUUUUGAAAAUUUUCGAGAUGACUGGUAUUUGGAAAUUCCGGCUGAAAAUCCAGAUUUUUUAUCGGAAAAUGUUCAAUACCACAUUAGCUUAAAUUUGAAAAUGAAGAAAGAAAGUAAUCAACGAAAUUCUUGUUAAAAAUAUUGUAUAUAAUUUUUGAAACGUAUUUUUUUUUUGGAAAAAUUUUCACUGUUUCAAUGUUUUUUUUUGGUGAAUAAUUGUCGAAAACUAUCAAUUUUACAUUACUUUUUAGCAAAAUUCAAAAAAAAUCACCUAAAAGACCUCUAAAAAAUUUUUUGGCCACCGAAAGUUUUCCGGAAAAUUUCACUGUUUCAAAAUUUUUAUAAUUUUUGAAAAAUUUCGUUGCAAUGUUUUUUUUAAAUGUUGAAAUAGAGGCACAAUAUAUUUGAAUUGAAAUUUCGGCUGAGAAUCCAGAUAUUUUACCGGAAAAUUCUCAGAUUUAGAGUUUCAAAGUGACAGUAAUCAAUCACAGGCAAUUACAGAUCAGCUUAUUAUUAGUCUAUUAUUGACUUAUUUUGAAAUUUGGCUCAUUAUAGGUUAAUACGGUACAUAUUAUUAGUCAAAAAUCGAUGAAAUUUUCUAAAUCUAGCCCAAAAUUAGCGAAAGCCGUUUUAUGAUCAAUUUGAAAGUGAUAAAUAGGAAAUUACAUUCAUCUAACAAUUCUAGAGUUCAAUCAGAGGUCCAGAGAUCCCUAAACUUCAGACUCAUUUUUGACUAAUAACAAGCUUAUUAGUAAUUAUUAGUAACUUAUUAGUCAAAAAUAAGUCUGAAUUUUAGGGAUCUCUGGACGUCUAAAAUUGUUAGAUAAAUGUAAUUUCCUAUUUCUCACUUUCAAAUUGAUUAUAAAACGGCUUUCGCUAAUUUUGGGCUAGAUUUAGAAAAUUGCAUCGAUUUUGACUAAUAAUAUGUACCUUAUUAGUCUAUAUUCGACCUAUUUUCAAAAUAAGUCAAUAAUAGACUAAUAAUAAGCUGAUCUGUAAUUGCCUGUGAAUGAAAUUCUUGUUAAAAAUCUUGUAUAUAAUUUUUGAAACGUAUUUUUUUUUUUGGAAAACAGUACCCUCAAAAAUCCUCAUUUUUUCCAGCAACUCGAAACGAAUCCCGAAAAAACGUUUGAAGAGAAACGAAAAUUCAUCGCCGGACUUCCGGCAACUCUAAAAUCCGCCCUGAAAUCGACACCAGAAGGAGAAGCAUCGCCAGCUUUUGAUUUCAUUUUGACAUUGUUGAAUUGUUCCGCCAAGACUGGAUAUGCGGAAAAAGUGGAUUAUUCGAAAUUGCGAAAAAGUUUGGAAGUGGCUGUUGGAAAAUUGAUGAAAGAAGCGAAAAGUAAGAGAUUUUAUGUGAAAACUAGGCUGAAAUUAUGAAAUUAAGGAUUUUUGGCUUCUUUUUCUUAUUAAAAACAAUUUUCAAAGGAAUGUAGGACGUAAUGGAAUCCCCCCAAAAAUUGUAAAUAAAAUUCAUCAAAUUUCUGAAACAGUAAAAAAUUUUCGAACGAAACUUUUUUCUGAAAAAUCUGAAAAUGUUCAACAAAAUACAGUUUGUAUUUUUGCCACGUGGCAAAUUUCAACUGAAAAUUCAAAAGAUUUGUUAGGAAAAAGAAUAGAAUCCCCAAAAAAUUGAACAUUCAUCGAAUUUUUGAAACAGUGAGGCUAUUUUGGCUCAAUUUCCUGAUUUAGGCUAAUUUUCUGAAAUUUGGAUGAAUUUUCUCACUUGGUAUCCCUAAAAAAUUGAAAAUUGAAAAUUCAUCAAUUUUUUGAAACAGUGAAAAAAUUUUCACGAAAUUUCUCCUCAAAAAAUUCCAAUUUUUCAGAAUCAACAUCAGCUUCUUCCACAUCAGCCUCUGCUUCAUCAUCUUCCGCUUCCGCUUCUUCCGCAACACCACGUCGCGGAACUCGAAAACAACCACCUCCACCUCCACCAGAAUCAUCCGAAGAUUCUGAAGAUCAAGAAAACUCGCCACAAAAAUCGACACCAACUCCACCGAAACGCACCCGCAAAACACCGAAAUCCACCACCAAAAACAACACGUCAUUUUUGAGUGGAAAUGAAUCGAUUCUGUCCGGAUCGCCGUCGAUUUCGAGACAAAAUAAUCGAUCGGCCACAAUUUCGGCGGCGAAAAAAAUCGAGAAAAAAUAUCGACGAAAAUCGCAAGUUGUCACAAGUUCGCCCAUCAAAAAUCAGCAUGGUGAGUGAUUUUUUUGGGAGCGGGAAAAUGAGCCCAGAAGCUCUAAAUUAGCUGAAAAUUUGAAGAUCUAGCUGAAAAAAAAAGUAUCGAAGAAUUUCUGGAAAAAUCGAAAAAUAUGAAAAUUUUGAAACAGUAAAUUUUUUAUGUGCUAAAUUUUUUUUCAAAAAAUUUCUUACUGUUUCAAAAUUUUCAUAAAUUGGAAAAAUAGCUAAAAAUCUGGAAAAUGCUCAACAAUUCCACGAAAAUGAGCCGAAAUUAAAGAUUUUUUUUUGAAAUUUUGAAAAAAAUCAGAACAUCAAAGAGAUUCAGUAAAAAUCGAAAUAUAUGAAAAUUUUGAAACAGUAAAUUUUUGUAGAAAAAAUUUCUCACUGUUUCAAAAUUUGCAUUUUUCGAUGCCACGUGGCAAAAAUCCACUGUUUCAAUUUUUUUUUAAUAUUUUUAUUUUUUUUUUGUAUUUUUUAAUAUUGACGCGAUUCAUUUAUUGAUUCAAAAUUGCCACGUGGAAAUAUUCCAAACCCCUCAAUGUGUUUUCUCUGCAAUUUUUAUUUUUGGCGUCAAAAAUCAACAUUUCCCCCAGUUUUCUCGUGACAAAUUCUCAAACUUAACCUUUCCGCAAUUGCUGAAAAUUAUAAUAAUUUUCGACUCGAAAAAUGCUACUUUACUAUACUAUUUUCCACUGGUUAAUUAGAGGGUUUGUGUUUCGAGAAAAAUUGAGAAUUUCCAAAUUGUGUUAUAGAAAAUUUGAGCAACCACGUUGGAAAUUUGAAAAUUAAUGUUCAAAUUAAAAAAAUUACGAUUGAAAAUAUGAAUUUGAAGGAGAAAUUGUGAGUUUUUCAGCCACGUGGCAUCUUAAAAUUUACGAAAAAUUGAUUUCUCAAGUUUUUGCUCUAACGAAAUUCAAAAAUUGGUCAAAAAUAAGUUGAUUUUUUGAAACAGUGAAAAUUCUUGGCUCUCUGAAAAAAAAUUUUUGCCACGUGGUAUUUUUAACAUUCACAAAAUUUUUACUUUUUUGGAAUUUUCUACAAUCAAAAAGUCCUAAAAUAUUUGAGAAAUAGCAUUUUAUUGAAACAGUGAAAAUUUUUUUCACUCAAAAAUUGCCACGUUGCAGCAAUGCGUACGCGUAGCGGCAUCACAGCCGCCAUGAAAGCCUCGCCAACACAACUUCGCUCCGUGCCCGGAAUGCUCAAUUUCCCACGUGGCCGACGCACGAUUUUUAUCAAGGAGGUAGACGAUUUUGGCGCCACAAAUUUUUUUUUGAAUUUUGAAUUUUUUGCAGACUGCCGCCAAAUUCAAGCAACAACAAGAAGAAGAAGAAGUUGAGGAAUAA